UUCAUCAUUCCCAGUUUUGGUUUUAAAUUGCAAAUCCUUACACUCAUACAUUUUGGGUGAUGUAAAGUAAUGAAAACUCCACCUCUUUUCCAGAAAUCUUCAGACUCUCCUCAUAUAAAACUUGUAGGAGAGCCAGACUCUGAAUUAUAUAAAGUUCCCCCCCACGAUUCGUUAAACAGCAGGAUAAAAGAAUACCAUACUUUGUAAAGAUGUCAAAUGCUCAGUCAUUGGAUAGCCCUGAAGUUCUUAAAGAAGAUGACAGACCGAAGUGGGACAAUAAAUUCCAGUAUAUUUUAAGCUGCGUUGGAUUUGCAGUAGGCCUGGGAAAUGUGUGGAGAUUUCCAUACUUAUGUCAAAUAUAUGGAGGAGGGACAUUCUUGAUCCCAUACGUCAUAGCACUUGUCUUUGAAGGAAUCCCAUUGUUUCAUCUUGAACUAGCCAUAGGACAGCGCUUGAGGAAAGGCAGCAUUGGUGUCUGGAAUACCAUCUCACCUUACUUUGGAGGAGUUGGUAUUUGUUCAUUGAUGGUGUCGUUCAUCGUGAGCUUAUAUUAUAACACCAUUUUAGCCUGGGUAAUGUGGUAUUUCAUUAACUCAUUCCAAGAGCCCCUUCCUUGGAGCGCUUGCCCACUAAAUGGGAACAGAACAGGAUACAUUGAAGAAUGCCAUGAAAGUACUGCAGUAAAUUAUUUCUGGUACAGGAGAGCUUUAAACAUAAGCUCUGAUAUCACUGACAAUGGCAACUUACAAUGGUGGUUAGUUUUGUGCUUGGCCAUUUGCUGGGCAAUUGUGUACAUUUGUACCAUUCGAGGAAUUGAAUCCACAGGAAAGGCUAUUUAUGUAACAGCCAUAUUUCCUUAUGUGGUCCUAACUAUAUUCCUUAUUCGUGGACUCACUCUACCAGGAGCCACUGAAGGUUUAGUUUACUUCUUCACUCCUAAUAUGAACAUUCUCAAAAAUCCCCGAGUAUGGCUUGAUGCAGCCACCCAGAUAUUUUUCUCUCUCUCCUUGGCUUUUGGAGGACUUAUAGCAUUCUCAAGCUACAACUCACCAAAAAAUGACUGUGAGAAGGAUGCUGUGACAAUAGCAAUUGUAAAUAGUAUGACAUCACUGUAUGCCUCCAUCCCAGUUUUUUCUAUUUUGGGAUUUAAGGCAACCACUGGUUACUGGGACUGCCUGGACAGGAACAUUAUCAGUAUCAUCAAUGAAUUUGAUCUUCCAGACCAAAGCAUCAUGAGAGACAACUAUACAAUCUGGUUUGGAUUCCUGAACACAACCCAUCCAAAAAAAAUUGCUAGUCUCAAAUUGAGAAGUUGUGACCUUCAAGAAUUUCUUGAGCAGAGUGCAUCUGGAACUGGCCUUGCCUUUAUUGUUUUCACUGAAGCAAUUAUUCUGAUGCCUGGCUCACAGGGCUGGGCUGUCCUGUUUUUUGUAAUGCUGUUCAGCUUGGGUCUUAGUUCUAUGUUUGGAAACAUUGAGGGAAUUUUGACUCCUCUCUUGGAGCUUCAUGUUGUAUCUAAAUCUGUACCCAAGGAAGUUCUAUCAGGUGUAAUAUGCCUGGUCUCCUUUGUGACAGCUCUAUGUUUUACCCUGAGGUCUGGCAGUUACUGGCUUGAAGUUUUUGACAGUUAUGCGGGUUCCUUGCCUUUGCUAAUCAUCGCUUUCUUUGAAGUGACUGGUGUUGUCUAUGUUUAUGGAAUUAAAAGGUUCAGUGAUGAUGUGAAAUGGAUGACAGGACGACAACCAAACUUCUACUGGCAGGUGUCAUGGAGAAUUAUUAGCCCUCUGCUAAUGCUUACAGUCUUUAUUGCCUUUGUUACCCUUCAGACACAGAAGCAACCAAGCUACGGCGCCUGGAAUCCUAAAUUUAAAGAUUUUCCCAUGAAGGAGGAGAAAGACUAUCCAGCUUGGAUACUGGCCAUUUGUGUGCUGUUGGUAGUCCUCCCUUGUAUAUUCAUACCUUUGAUAGCAUUCUAUCAUCUGAUCAAAAGAGUGCUAGGAAGGAGAAAGAAGGAAGGAACCUAACCCUAUGAAAACACUUCCAAUGGCACCUCAGGAAACUGAUAAUGCUUUUUAUAAAGUUCAAGAAUAUGUAUUCAUCCUAACUAUAAAUCAACAAAAUAUAUGUAAAUUUUUAUUGUUAGACAGUAGCACCAUCAGUAUUUCUCUUUAAAUUACUGUCAAUAUCUCCUUAUUCCCUAAUUUUUCUCCUUUUCUCAAUUUCUAAUAGACCACUUUAUGCCCAUACACAUAUUUACAGCACUGACAAUAAAGUAUUUCUUAUAGUAGAGAUAUAUUAGCAUCAAUAUAUUAAUCCAUUUGGGUACAAUAAUCUACAUUUUAAUUCAAGAACUUGUUUUUUUCAGAGAACUGUAAAUGGCCAGUACUGUGUUUUUUCUACAGUGUACGCGUCAACGAUUUCCCUUCUCAUUUUCAAACACCUUCCCAAUUCCAGUUUCCAACAACAUCUUGUCCAUCCUACACACUCUCUCUUGCUCUUACAUGCCACACAAGUUUCAGUCCUGACUGUCCUCUGGGCCCCUUUCACCCAUUGCCAUCUCUGUAUCUUGUUCCCAGCGUGCCUUUAUACUUGGUGCUAUUUGCUAAUUAUUAUAUACCAAGCUUCCUCCAACUCUUCCUUUACCUCUUAUCAAAACUUAUCUGUUCCUAAAUUCUAUCAGCAAUAACAAACACCUACAACUCAGUUCAGGGACUGUGCCUAUUUGUAGGUUUCAAAUGUAAACUCUUUGGGUUAAGGAUUCAUAAGAACAUAAGAAUGGCCGUACUGGGUCAGAGCAAAGGUCCAUCCAGCCUAGUAUCCUGUCUACCGACAGUGGCCAAUGCCAGGUGCCCCAGAGGGAGUGAACCUAACAGGUAAUGAUCAAGUGAUCUCUCUCCUGCCAUCCAUCUCCACCCUCUGACAAACAGAGGCUAGGGACACCAUUCCUUACCCAUCCUGGCUAAUAGCCAUUAAUAGACUUAGGCCUGGUCCACACUAACCCCCCACUUCGGACUAAGGUACGCAAAUUCAGCUACAUUAAUAACGUAGCUGAAUUCGAAGUACCUUAGUCCGAACUUACCGCGGGUCCAGACACGGCGCGGAGGCUCCCCCGUUGAUGCCGCGUACUCCUCUCGCCGAGCUGGAGUACCGGCGUUGACGGCAAGCACUUCUGGGAUCGAUCCGGGAUCGAUUUAUCACGUCUAGACCAGACGCGAUAAAUCGAUCCCAGAACAUUGAUUGCCUGCCGCCGGACCCGGAGGUAAGUGUAGACGUACCCUUAACCUCCAUGAAUUUAUCCAGUUCUCUUUUAAACCCUGUUAUAGUCCUAGCCUUCACAACCUCCUCAGACAAGGAGUUCCACAAGUUGACUGUGCGCUGUGUGAAGAACUUCCUUUUAUUUGUUUUAAACCUGCUGCCCAUUAAUUUCAUUUGGUGGCCCCUAGUUCUUACAUUAUGGGAACAAGUAAAUAACUUUUCCUUAUUCACUUUCACUCAUGAUUUUAUAUACCUCUAUCAUAUCCCCCCUUACUCUCUUCUUUUCCAAGCUGAAAAGUCCUAGCCUCUUUAAUUUCUCCUCAUAUGGGACCUGUUCCAAACACCUAAGCAUUUUAGUUGCUCUUCCCUGAACCUUUUCUAAUGCCAGUAUAUAUUUUUUGAGUUGAGGAGACCACAUCUGUAUGCAGUAUUCAAGAUGUGAGCAUACCAUGGAUUUAUAUAAAGGCAAUAAGAUAUUCUCUCUCUUAUUCUCUAUCCCCUUUAUAAUGACUCCUAACCUCCUGUUUGCUUUCUUGACUGCCGCUGCACACUGCGUGGAUGUCUUCAGAGAACUAUCCACGAUGAUUCCAAGAUCUUUUUCCUGAUUAGUUGUAGCUAAAUUAGCCCCCAUCAUAGUGUAUGUAUAGUUAUGGUUAUUUUUCCCAAUGUGCAUUACUUUACAUUUAUCCACAUUAAAUUUCAUUUGCCAUUUUGUUGCCCAAUCACUUUGUUUUGUGAGAUCUUUUUGAAGUUCUUCACAGUCUGCUUUGGUCUUAACUAUCUUGAGCAGUUUAGUAUCAUCUGCAAACUUUGCCACCUCACUUUUUACCCCUUUCUCUAGAUCAUUUAUGAACAAGAUUAAAAGGAUUGGUACUAGGACUGACCCUUGGGGCACCCCACUAGUUACCCAUCUCCAUUCUGAAAAUUUGCAAUUUAUUCCUACCUUUGUUCCCUGUCUUUUAACCAGUUCUCAUCUUCCCUCUUAUCCCAUGACAGCUUAAUUUAUGUAAGAGCCUUUGGUGAGAGACCUUGUCAAAGGCUUUCUGGAAAUCUAAGGGUAUAUCUUCACUACCGGCCGGAUCGGCGGGCAGCGAUCGAUCCAGAGGGGAUCAAUUUAUCGCAUCUAGUCUUCUGUUGACAUAGCGUAGUGUGGACCCUGAUGGUAAGUAGAUCUAAGCUACGUCGACUUGAGUUAUGCUACUAUUGUAACUCAAACUGCGUAGCUUAGAUCGACCUGCAGCUGUAGUGAAGACAAGCCCUCAGUCACUGAAGCCCUGGCUCUUGUUACAAUAAUAAAAUCCAAAGCAUAAAGUUGAGAUCAAUCAGAAUUCAAUAUUUUUAUUAUUUUUUACAAAUUCUGAACUGCCCCAGAGAGUUAAUUUUACUAAGUGGGUUUGGGGACAAAAACCUAGCUAAAAUUAAAAAAAAAAUCAGAAAUAAUGCACAUAAUUGUUUGUUCUAAAUUACAUUUUAAAAGGUAGAGACUAAAUGAGCAACUGUGAAGAGCAAAUACCCACCAAAAAGAUUUUAUAAGAUUCAAUUUUGAUCCAAUAGUAAAUAAUAUAAAAUUAGAAACUUGUGAAGCUUCACAGGGCAAAGGAAUACAAUAAAAUACCAUUCAAUGUUUCUACAAUCAUAGAUACAUGGGUGUUAUCUUGUAGUACUAUGUAUGCAGAAAUAAUCCAUGAAAACCAUUUAUACAAAAUCUGCACACAAUCUUAAAAUAAAGAUAAAUUGUGACUCUGAAUAAUGAAAAUGUACAAUAGUAGAAUUUAUAAGGGUUUACAAUUAAAUUAAAACAUGAACUGUUUCAAUGAC